GCUGGUAAGCGCUCUCCACACCGCAACCAUGGCUGUUCUUUCGUGUAGUUGCCAUACUAAGUACAUACCAGUCUUCUUUAGGCAGAUAAUCGCGGCGGAGAAGAUCCAGCAGGACAGCAAGGAGGCCCAUAGGCUACCGCCCGCAGUAACAAGCGCGGACCGGAAGUUCCGCGUCCUCGUUGUCCGGGGGAGCCGUUAGGCACGCACGCCGGAAGUGGCCAAUCGGCCCGUCUGAGGCGGUGCCCACUGUGUUCGCGUCCCUCGGGCAGCGGAGCCAUGGAGCCCGGGGCUGCGGAGCUUUAUGACCAGGCCCUGCUGGGCAUCCUGCAGCACGUGGGCAAUGUCCAGGACUUUCUGCGCGUGCUCUUCGGCUUUCUCUAUCGCAAGACCGACUUCUACCGUCUGCUGCGCCACCCCUCGGACCGCAUGGGCUUCCCGCCCGGGGCCGCGCAGGCCCUAGUGUUGCAGGUCUUUAAAACAUUUGAUCACAUGGCUCGCCAGGAUGAUGAGAAAAGGAAGAAGGAACUUGAAGAGAAAAUCAGGAAAAAGGAAGAAGAGGCGAAGGCUGUGGCAGCUGCUGCAGCCGAGAAGGAAGCCGUGCCAGUCCCCGUGCAGGAGGUGGAGGUUGAUGCCGAUGUAGAGCCGAGUGGCCCACAGCAGCCUGAGCACAAGGUGGCGCCUGGCUUGGAGGAGGCAGACGCUCCAGGGACUGUUAGCAGUGCUGCCGAAGGCCCUAAGGAACCCCCAGUGCUCCCCAGGAUUCAAGAGCAGUUCCAGAAAAAUCCGGACAGUUACAAUGGUGCCAUCCGUGAGAACUACACCUGGUCGCAAGACUAUACUGACCUGGAGGUCAGGGUGCCAGUGCCCAAGCAUGUGGUGAAGGGGAAGCAGGUGUCUGUGGCCCUUAGCAGUGGCUCCAUCCGAGUGGCCAUGCUGGAAGAGAAUGGAGAACGUGUCCUCAUGGAAGGGAAACUCACCCACAAGAUUAACAUGGAGAGUUCCCUUUGGAGCCUUGAGCCGGGCAGGUGUGUUUUGGUGAACCUGAGCAAGGCUGGGGAGUAUUGGUGGAGUGCCAUCCUGGAGGGAGAAGAGCCUAUCGACAUCGACAAGAUCAACAAGGAGCGCUCCAUGGCCACUGUGGAUGAGGAGGAACAGGCAGUCCUGGACAGACUCACCUUUGACUACCACCAGAAGCUGCAGGGCAAGCCCCAGAGCCACGAGCUGGAAGCUGGCUCGCUGCAAAGACGAGGCUGUGGGGUGUCCUGACUUGACUUUCUAUGAAGACUGCCCUCUGCCCACAAGGCAUUGCAGAACCCUGAGUGUGGAACAGGAGGUCCUUACAACUGUGCAUACAAGACUUGUCCGUGGCUGAUGUGCGGCUUCCACACGACUGGCUAUGACCCAGCACUGAGAAACUGAGGAGACUGAACCACAACCCAGCUAAGAAGGACCCUAAGAAAAACCCUGAAAAUGCUGUGGUCUAAUGGAAAGAGCUUUGUCUUGAGUUUAAAUUGAUUGUACUGUGAACUUGCCAUGGACCUGUCAAGGACCAUAGAGGAAAUGAGUGUGCUUGCCCAGAUGAGGUGCCCCAGCAAGACCUUCAAGGAGCCUAGGACCAGUAGUGCAUGGGUGGAAUCCAGUGUGAUUCCCUCACCAGAACUGAACUGAUCAGGAUGGCCAAGGAAGCCUCUAGCUAUGCAUAGUUAUGAUACAGCCCUAUAGCUGUUAGGACUGUGUUAACUCUAGCAUGUCCCACUACCUGCCUACUGUCAGUGCUGAAGUCUCAGCUCUUUCGUAGGCUUGAAAUGCCUUGGAGAUACAUCUUUAGUGUACAGCACUCUAGGGCUCCAUGUAAAAUAUCUUUAGCACCUUCUUUUAUUGAACAAAGAAACAACUAGAAAGAGAGAUCCAUGGCCUUGUGUUUCCUGAUAUAACAAGCUAGCCACAUAACCAGUGCUCCUCUGCAGGGCUUUCAUGGGUGUUUGAGGUCACUGCUCUAGGAUUGCCCGUCCUCACUAACAGGGAGAGAAUGGAAACGGGGCCAGGCUCUUCUGUCAGCCUCCAUCUGCUGUGUGCAUUGGCAGUCACAGUUACCAGUGUGCUCUAUUGAUGCCCAUUUAUGGUGUAAACUUGAAGUUUUCUGUAUUUGCCAGAAUUCUUAAUUGUGCUUCUAAUGCCACCAGUGCUUUGUAUUUUGAAGAUUUUUAAUUUUGAAGUGGUGCUGUCCCUCUCCUGUCAUCUGAACUCUUGAAUGUUGCCGUUACAUCACUUCUUUCCAAAGCCAACAAACGGAAUGCUCUUCAUCUUUUCCCUAGUUAGAUGCUUUGAACAGGUGCAUCUAGAAGGUGCCAUUGCUCUAUCGGUCCUUAGCUGUGUCUGUCUAGGAUCCCUCCAGUCCAGUGGCACUUCUCCCCUAGCAAACGUGGCUGACAUUGCCCGGCAGUUGCCGGGAUCACUGUGAGUGAGCUUGGUGGCACACAGGAUGGUGUGACCUCUACCUGUGCUUAUCUGGACAUCAUGGACUCCCUCAAUUGUGAAAACAAACCUAGCGCCUGCCCUUUGCCCUCUGGGCUUCCUACAGUGGAUCCCCACCUGGCCACCAGGUUCCUAGAAGUGUUGUUGUUCACCCUGCAGCAGGCCUAGGCUCUGCUAAGGGGCUCUGCAGUCUCCCUCCUGCGUAGGUUAUCUGACUGGUCUCAUCUUGCAUUCGUUUGAGACUGUGCAGUGUCACACUUCUCUUGGGCAAAGACUGAAGCCUGCUCUGUACUAAGUAUCUUUGAUGUGCUUGUUGCUACUUCACUUAGGUUUAAAAACAAAAGGUUUCUUAGCUGGAAGCUUCGAUUUUGUUUAACACUCCAUAGUUCUGAGAAUUCAGUAACUCUGCUGACAGUGGAAAUUUUCCACUUUGCUUUCAAUCUAUCAUCUUUGUGAUAAGGGAAGCAGCAUGUGUCCUCUGCACCCGUUCUACGGGACUGUCUGCAACAGGUACUCCAUUUGGGGGUAAUCUCUAGCCAUUCAUCUUGUUAGUCUUUUUGGUUUCUUGUGGUUGGAAGGAAGGAAAGAUCACCCCGUCCUUGGGUACAUUUGUGGUAGCAACUGAAGAAGGCAGAUGCUCGGAGGAAGGCUAGGCCACAAGCAUAGGCACAGGUGCUGCCCUCGGGGGGACCACUCCCUGCUUGUUCUGGCUGUAACUACACAAUUCCAAGAGUGGCCAUAGACGGGGAGGAACUGAGCCCAUCAGCUCUUACUGCGUCCUCGAAGGCAGUCGGGCACUUCUGAGUGCUAGCUCUUUAGCUGGACGUGUUCAGGUCUCUCCCCUCCUCUGCGUCAUCACACUCUGGAUCAAACCUCGAUUGUCUCAUGAUGCAUGUCUCAAUGACAAGAGCUUCUUCCUUGGGAAAGGGACGCUAGAACACCUCUGUACACCUCUAUCAUGCUCCUAGAGGGCUGAGGCGCCACCCCUUCAUGUCUCAGUCAUCUCCCUGGAAACGAUUGUAGGUUCUGUGGGUUGUGUGGAAUUUGGAGAGACCUAUUGGGAAAAGGACAGAAGGUGAACCAUAAAGAGCAGUCAGUGCUUUACUGGAAACCGAAGCUGGAAAGCUAAAAUUCAGUCUUGCAAAGGAAUUGGCAGUCUUUGGGCACAAACUACUGCAGGAUCUGCAGUCCUCUGGCCAGUUGGUCCUAGCAGGCAAGUCCUCAAGCCCUGAGGAAGCAGCAUGGCUCUGUGCCUACAGGCAGUCUGUUCUAGGAGGAAGCGUGCCUUGCCUUGUGAUCUCCGUUAAUCUC